CGAGCUUACAGUCACAAAAGUAUUUAGUAUGAUUUAUUUAGUCGUGCACUUGACGUAAAACCACUGAUGCAGUUUUAUCUAAUUGGAAGCUUUUAUGUCGCUAGUGACGUCACUCCCUAUGACGUUUAAAGUUCCUAUUGGAUAAAAUUGUGUACAGCUUAUUUAUAUCACGUGCAUAGUUACAUAAAUACUAAUAUAGGUUACAGGAGCUUCCAUUACAAAUGAUUGCAUCCAGUGUUAUUUGGUGUUGUGGUUUCUUCGCAGUUUGCACGAUCGCACGCCUGUGUUUGGUUUUCUGAAGGACUGGUCGUUUGCUGCGCGUUCUAUAUAAUCAAUUUCUUUUAUUUUAUUGGAACGCCGAGAAUACGUUGCGUAAAAAAAUAUGGCCAAACAUCAUCCUGAUUUGAUAUUUUGUCGAAAGCAGCCGGGUGUAGCUAUUGGUCGUCUGUGCGAAAAAUGCGAUGGAAAAUGUGUAAUAUGCGAUUCAUAUGUACGACCCUGUACUCUAGUAAGGAUUUGUGAUGAAUGCAAUUAUGGAUCGUAUCAAGGGCGUUGUGUCAUAUGUGGAGGACCUGGAGUUUCAGAUGCUUACUACUGCAAGGAAUGUACAAUUCAAGAAAAAGAUAGAGAUGGAUGUCCUAAAAUUGUUAAUCUUGGAAGUUCUAAAACAGACUUAUUUUAUGAAAGGAAAAAGUAUGGUUUUAAAAGAAGAUGAUAUUACGAUACUCCUCAUGCUGCUUAAUGUCCAUAACUCCAAAAAGGAAGGCGUUUGUAAUGACUUUGUCACUUGUACAAGUAGAAUUGCAAAAUAUGUACUUUGUGUGCUUAAAAUUAAUUUUAUAUUGUGCAGGAAUUUUUCUGAUGUUAUUUCGUUCAGUGCUAAAUAUAAUGUAUACUAGUUCUCUGAAAUUAAAAAACAUUAUUAUGGACUUUCUUGUUAUUUAAGAUAAUUUCAAUUUUGAAAUCAUUUUAUGUCAUAAGUUAAUUGCUUUAGUAACAAAGUUAUUGGGCGUAUUUUCCCAAGACUGAUGAAUGAAACCUUUUUAGUAAUUAAGUCAACAGAUACAAAUACACACAAUAAACAAUUGAGAUUAAAUGAAUUGAUAUGUAACUUACAGACCCUUGCAAUGGAACAAUGCAAACCUUAUAAACAUUCAUACAAAUUUAGUCCAAAACAGGCUAAUUGCCAGUUGAGUUUAAUAGGCACUGAAUAUUACUUCAUUUAUUGAGAAAUCGUCUAAAUCAGCAUUUCAGUAAUAAAGCCAAGGAGUUGCAUAAACCGGGGUCUACUAUACGGUAGGCUAAAAAAGCUCUGUAUUCAUAUAGUUUGGUGUAAUGUUUUUAAAAUAAGUAUUCAGCAAGUUCCAUUAGCAUGCUAAAACAUUUUAGCUGAGGAGUGCAUGCAAUAUAUCUGCGAGAUCCAAGCCACAUCAUUUUAUGUUUCUGAAUUAUUGUGAUACAUUAGUCAUCUAAUAAAUGGGUGUAUUCCUUCAUUGUACUUUUCUGAGAACGCCUGACCUUCUAUUUUUAUCCUUUCAUUUAAUCAUUUACCAUGAAUAAUGUUGAAUCUUGAUCAUUGCACUGCACAAUAUCUGACAGAUACAGUGUGUGCAACUGUUCCAAUACAUUCUGAGCUCCUGGCGUAAGUGGUUUGUAUCAUAUGUUGUUUUCAGUAGUGUCGUUGAGAAGUACCAACAGAAAAACUAAUCAUUUGUCUUAUCUACGAUC